AUGGUCACGUUGACUUCUGGGAUCCUCAAGAUUUGCAUUGACAUUGAAUUCUGUUCUGAUGCUCGCAUCCCGCACCCCCAGCUGUCUGGAAAAGCUCAAGGGUCCUCCAAUGCAUAUGACUUCGGAGAUUUACUGUUUGCAUUUUUUGCACAUAAAGGGAGCAAGCCCCACCAGGAUGCCAAAGAUAUUGUCUUUUACCAUGACCCUGAAGAUACGGUCCCACUUUGCGCUCCAUCCUCUGCCCAGCCAACAUCAUCUACCACUCCCACAGGCUCAGACGCCUUCUCUGUGUUACUGAAGGCUGGGUGCAAACCAGCGCCACUUACUGCAGGCACCCGCCACUCCAUUUGCACCUCUAAGCCUUCUGCUCGCCUCCGUGAUGCCGACAACACUUGUUCUCACCCAGCGUCCUCAACCAGCUCAACAGCCCGCAAAUGUGCAUUAUCUAGUGUGACUGAGCAACUAGUUACAAAAAAGGUCGCUUUGCAGCUCUCAGCCCUGUUAUCUGAUGAUGAUGAUGAUGACUCUCACGCGGCUGGUGCUGAUACAGAUAAUGAUACUGAUCCUGCUGGUGCUGAUAACGAUACUGAUCCUGAUGCUGGCCCAGUUGAGGAUGAAGAUGCACCCGAAGAUAACGAUGCCCCGACAGCUGAAGAUGAACCUGACAACGAACCUGAAGACUCAAACAUCCGAGCCACUUUGUCAAAGAGUGAGCGUAUUGCUGAUAUUUGCACCGUCUUCGCUCGCAAUGACAAACAUUGGAUAUGCAAACCUUGCAAGGAUGCUGGCAAACUCGAAAGCAAGUACACCUUUCGGGGAGGAAUAUUGACACUCCACACACAUAUCUGUCGCAAUAAAAACCAUUUUCAACUGUACAAAACACACUGCGAAGCUGCGGGCAUCACCAUGCACCCUCGAGCAGUUCCAACUGGCGAGGAUCAAUCCCUGUGCCAGGAACAUAUACUGAACCUCACCGCACGCCACUUUGUUGAUGCAGUCGCACCCACUCCUCAAGCUGCUCUCAUGAAGAAGAUUCGUGAGGCGCUUGAGAAUGGCAAUGAUGCUGACCUCGACACCUUAACUAAUGAGCUUUCUUCGAUGGACGUUAACAACAAGAACGAUGGCGACGACGACGACGACACCUUAUUUGAUACUGGUGAUUCACUAGGCAAAGCUCUUGCACUCAUCGAGCAGAUACGAAAGUCCCCUCAAGCUCGCGCGUUUUUCCGAAAGGCCUGCAAAGAAGAGAACGUACCUGAACUUGAGUUGUUGCAGUGGAUCAGGACUUGCUGGGCUUCGCUAUACAAGUGCCUGGACCGCAUGUUACUCUUGCGUCGAGCUGUGAACCGUUUCACAAACCUUGCCGAUGAAAGCAAGGAAGUGCUGACUCUUCGCAACAAGUCCUAUGACAAUUUCAAGCUCGAUCAGCAGUGA